GAUCAGGAAUGUGUUCAUACUUCUUGGAAUAUUUAUCGUCUUAAUUUUUUCAUCCUCCAACCAAGGAGUCAAGAUCCAAACUGAACUAAUUCUACAACAGCGAGUGUCACUAGCUGAGAUAUUCUUCUAAAAAUCUUCAUCUGUGUUCUGCAGAAGAAAGAAAGUCAUACACAUCUGGGAUGUCAUGAGGGCUGUCAAAAAUGGUGCUAUAUCACUCUAACCAGUAGAGGGCGAUAUGAAACAACACAACUCAACCAUUACAAACUAGACUGCAACCAACUUUCUAUUCUGUAUGUAUUUUUAGUGACCUACUGGUCAUCUCAUCCAUUUCACCAUGACUGCAAGACCUCCAUUAAAUCCUGCAAGACCAAAGACAAAUUCGACUUUUGUGACUAACACACACAACACACCAACAGCUGCUCCGGGGUUCCUGCCCUAUUUACUGGACAGGAUUCCUUUGCCUAGAUGGGCCAUCUAUACAAUUUUCGCGGCCAUCAUCCUGGUCAUUCUAAUCUGUGUGCUAUGCUGCUGCAUAAAAUGUUGCUGCAAAGGAAAGAAAAAGAGGAAGAAGAAGCUGGACCAGAAGAUCAGUAUGAAAGGGAUGACAGGAACUACAACUACAGCACUGCUGACUGUAGGAGUAAAAGAAGCUUCUGCUUUGAAAGCGAUGGAUUCAGGAGGGACGUCUGACCCAUACGUGAAAGUCUACAUUCUCCCCAACAAGUCCAAAACAUUUGAGACCAAAGUCUUCAGGAAAACUCUUAACCCUGUGUUCAAUGAACAUUUCAAAUAUCAGAUCCCUCAGAAGGAGUUGAUUGAGUCUACACUGGUGAUGCAGGUGUAUGACUUUAACAGAUUCUCCAAACAUGACAUCAUCGGUGAGAUCAGAAUGAAUCUGUCAACUGUCGACUGGAAUCAUGUGAUUGAGGAGUGGAGAGAUCUGAAUGAAGCAUCUAAACAUGAGCAAGAGCAUCUGGGAGAGAUCUGCUUUUCUCUUCGCUAUGUCCCGACUAGCAGUAAACUCACUGUGGUCAUACUGGAAGCCAAGAAUCUGAAGAGUAUGGAUCAGGGAGGCUUUUCAGACCCUUAUGUGAAAGUUCAGUUGAUUCUGGAUAAGAAGAAAUGGCAAAAGAAGAAGACAUCAGUGAAGAAGCAAACACUGAAUCCAUACUUCAAUGAAUCAUUCACUUUCGAAGUGUCUUUUGAGCAGAUUCAGAAAGUCCAGCUGGUCAUCUCCGUGUGGGAUCAUGAUAAAAUGAGCAGGAAUGAAGCAAUUGGUAAAAUCUAUCUGGGCUGUGAUGCUACAGGAAAUCAGCUGCGUCACUGGGCAGAUAUGCUGUCUAAUCCACGCAAACCGGUGGCCCAGUGGCACACGUUACUCUCCUCUGAACAGGUGGACACAACUCUAGCCUUAAAACACAUUCUGAAGAUCCCAUUCACAAAUAAAACUUUGAGAAACUUCACUAACAUGAUAAUGUGAUCACACCAUGUGUAGCUGCCAUUCCUUUAUGUUGUUAAUACAACGUUUAAGUGAAUUUUAGCAGGUUGCUUGGAGGUGCAAUGCUCAGACGACGUUAUAAAAAAUUGUUGUACAAACAUAAAUAUUCCCUCCUUCCUAUAUGCUGGUGACUGUUUUAAGGAGAAUUUAAAAACAGUUUUUUUAUUAAAAUACUAUUGAAGAUAUUUUUAAACACAACAGAAAAAAAAAAGGUUACCCAAUAAGCUGUAGAAUUCCAAAUGCAGAAGACUGCAAAAAACUUCUGUUUUGAGCUUGAAAUAAAAUGAGCAUAUGUAUAGUGUUGGGGUUUUAAAAAGUUGUGAGCUUUAGCUGUGUUCAUACACACAUGAACACACACCGAUUUCUCUUGUGACUAUAGUAAGCACAAGAUAAGGGUGUGAAUUUCAAGGUGUCAGCACAAAUGUGGGCCAAUUACAGCACACUGUUUAAUUAGGUUUCUAUUCAUUUGUGCAAAUGUUCAGAAUGUUUUAAAGGAUGCCGAACUCAGUUGCUUUUGCACAGUCAUGACUUAAAUGCUCAGGUACAUUAUUUACAGUACAUCUGAGAUCCUGUAUGUUACGAAUGCAACAAGUACUCUAGAAAAUGGUAGAAAAGUGGGGAUAAUUUACCUUCAAGAUGUUCACUAAUUGAAUGUUAUUUUUGUUUAAAAUCUGUAGCUGAAUGAAUCUAAAUCAUUUAAAUCCAUUUCAAACAAAUAAAACUUGAU